UCAUUAACCCCCCCACCACACGAAACCGUACUACGACCUUGUCCCCUGGCUCCAAUCCGCCACCAUCAGCUGGUUCUUGGUGUGGAAGUGGAACGCUGCUCGUGUGCCACUCUGCCACUGCCACCUAUAUAAGCGGACGCACCAGCACCACCAGCACAGCAGCACCCUGUGCACUGAUCGAGCCUCCAUCUUCGCCAUGUCGAGCCUCACCACGGCCGCCAGCAGCAGCAGCAGCAUGGAGGAGCACUGCUACUCCGUGUCCGCGGAGGAGGUCGUCGGCACGCACCUGUCCUUAGGGAUCGGCGGCGGCGGCGGCGGAGGAGAUAAGAGGAUGCUAACAACGCUGCCGCCGUCUCGGACGGUAGUGCAGCUGUUCGGCGAGGUGCUGUCGGUGCAGGACGGUGACGAAGCGCAAGCUCUUCGUCAUCACCACACGGGCCGGCCGACGGCGGCGAGCAGGAAGAAGAAGAGGAGGGACGCCGCCGCUGGUGGCGCCAGCGCCACUGACGCCGCUGCCAAUGGCCAUCAUCAUCAGAGCAAGAAAACCAAGACGACGGCGGCGCGCCGAGACGACGGAGGCGGCGGCGGCGGCGGCGGAAGGAAGAAGCUCCGGCUCACCGCCGCGCAGGCCACCUUGCUCGAGGACAGCUUCCGCGCCCACAACAUCCUCUCUCACGGGGAGAAGCAGGAGCUGGCGCGGCAGGCGGGGCUGAGCGCGCGGCAGGUGGAGGUGUGGUUCCAGAACCGGAGGGCCCGGACCAAGCUCAAGCAGACGGAGGUCGACUGCGACCUGCUCCGCCGCUGGUGCGCCCGCCUCUCCGACGACAACGACCGCCUCCGCCGAGACCUCGCCGACCUCCGCCGGGCGGCGGCGGCGUCCGCGGGCCUCGGCGCCGUCGUCUGCUGCGCCUCAUGCGGCGCCGACAGGCAGCUCGCCCUCGCCGCCGCCGCCGACAACGUGCUGCCGUCGGUCGCCUCGCCUAGUCACUCACCUCACCUCACCUGACCUGACACCUGACGGCGGCCGUCAACAAUAUUCGCCCGUGGAAUGAAGCACCAUAUGCUUGCUUGUACUGGUGACCACCAUUCUUCCAUUUUUCUCUCUGUACAUAUAAACGGAGCAGCUAGCUAGUACAGUACUAGUGACCACCAUAUACAGUAUAUGCUUAUUAAUUAGGUAUGCAUGCAUAAUACUAAAGGUAAUAAUUAAUUACUAUGUACUACUUUACUAUAUAUAUUACAAACACGAGCUUAUUGAUUAACUCGUUCCAAAAUAUGUAUUCCAUAUAUAUAUCUAAGAGAGACGAUUUCAAUUGAUCACCAACAUAUGUAUAUGUUUUUGAUAA